GUGGGGCUUUUGUUGCAGGAGCGGUUUGCUUUUGGAGAACCAAUGUCCCCAAAUGCUCCAUUAAUGCAGGCAUCAAGAUAACAUCAACCGAGGGCAGAAAUACAAAUCCUGCUUUGGUUCUGCGAGAGAGUGUCUGGGUGCAGAGGAAGUGUAUGCGUGGGUGUGGGUACAUGUGUGUGUGAAAGAGACACAAAGAAGAAUCCAGUGAUGGCUUCCAGUAAAAGUAAAAACCAGAGCUCUCUGGCGCUGCACAAGGUGAUAAUGGUGGGCAGUGGAGGCGUGGGAAAGUCGGCCCUCACUCUGCAAUUCAUGUAUGAUGAGUUUGUGGAGGACUACGAGCCCACUAAGGCGGACAGCUACAGGAAGAAGGUGGUUCUGGAUGGGGAGGAGGUCCAGAUCGAUAUUCUGGACACAGCCGGCCAGGAGGACUACGCUGCCAUCAGGGACAACUAUUUUCGCAGCGGUGAGGGCUUCCUGCUGGUCUUCUCCAUCACAGAGCAUGAGUCCUUCACUGCCACUGUGGAAUUCAGGGAGCAGAUCUUGCGGGUGAAGGCAGAGGAGGACAAGAUCCCUCUCCUUCUGGUAGGGAACAAGUCGGACCUGGAGGAGCGUAGGCAGGUAACUGUGGAUGAGGCCCGAGGGAAGGCAGAGGAGUGGGGCGUCCAGUAUGUAGAGACAUCAGCCAAAACCAGAGCCAACGUUGACAAGGUGUUCUUCGACCUGAUGCGUGAAGUUCGAGGCAAAAAAAUGUCAGAAAACAAAGACAAAAAUGGAAAAGGAAAAAACAAGAAGAACAAGAAGAGCUUCAGAGAAAGAUGUUGUUUACUUUGAACUCUUCAUGGACCUUAACAACCCACAUUACAACUGUUAUGUUGGGGAACAAAGCAGAGCGUCCUUGCCAUUGUCAUUCAAAUGAAAUUUUUUAAUUAGCUGGUUUUAGUUUAGUGUUUAGAACAAUCGCAACCACUUCUUUUUUGUUUUGAUUAAUGAAAUCUGAGUUGCUGUUUCAUUGGAAAAUAACCACUGUUGUGACUGUGACUCGGACUGCAGUUCUUGACGGCUCAUAGUAAGCCAAUGACCAAACUGCCACUGACACUAACUCUGCUGCUCAAGACAUUCUCUACUGUUAAACUCAGCGAUUAUACUGCCUUUGACUUCAGAUCAGUGUGUUUUACACCAGGAUUGUUGAGUCUUUGUCAAGUAAACAGUGCUCUUAAUUUCUUUCCCUGCUCUUAAUCUUAACCUGCUUAAUCCUUAGUCUAUGUUAGUAUAGACCCCUUGAAUCUCUGUUCAUCAUUUUUUUCAAGGAGCUGUAAUGCUGCUGUCUGUCUCAUCUGUGAUCAUUUAUUAUGACACUUAAUGUCAUGUCUAUCGAAGAUGUUGGCCUCAUUCAUUCACCUGUCCAGACUCUGAUUUUCGACUUCAGAGCGUGUUUGAAAUGGCUGGAAAUUUUUAAUUUUUUUUUUUUUUUUUUUUUUUUUUUCCCAAUCACAGAUUUGUAAUUUUCUGACCACAGGAGAAUCAGUGCAAUCAGAGGACUUGUUGCCAAACAGGGUUAUUUCAUUCCACUGCUAUCAGACCUUACAUGAUCACUGCAAAUCAAUCCAAAGAUGCUUUGCAGUUUGUUGGUGAAAAAUCAAAUCUUUGGUCACAGAACCCCCCUACAAAUUUUAGUGAGGUAGUCCAUCACCCAGAGCUCACGGAGCUUCAUGUAGAUAUCUUAACAUUUGUUAGAUAUUUUGAGGCAGGGAAGAGAGUGUUGUAAUGUGAUAACUAGUAUUUCUUUUGUUGCUAUGUUCAAGUAAUCUGGCCCUUCCAACCCUUCUCACGGUGCAGAUCUUGUUUGACACUACUAUUGUAAGUUAAGGGUCUGCACCGUGAGACUGGUGCUGACAAUCCAGGAAGCCAUGACACCUCUGGUCCACUAUAGCAUUAAAAUCAAUAACGUCUUAUUACUCUUUAAAGUUCCAGUGUUCUUUUUAUUUCUUUGUCUUUUUAAUAACAUGCACUACAUUGCCAAUACCUAAGAAGUGGACUUCAUGAUGAAUGGAGUCACACUGGAGAUUUUUAAACAGUUUGUGCCAACAAAAUCACAAAAAAUCAAACUUAUGUUUGUGGAUGUACAGUAUGCGUGUUAAUUACCGGAGUGUGUGUGCAUUUAGUAGAAAAUCCUACUACCUACAUUUCUGUCUGUGUGAGUGAAACUUUGAAGAGGGCGCCAACUUCUUAACUGUUGUUUAAUCAAGUGCUACAGUGAACAAGAUGUUUCUACCACUGCCUAAACCGUUCUUCUUAAUAUGUCCUCCUUUUUCUUUUUCAGUUCCUACUGAUGAGUGUGCUUUUAUCUCUGCAGCGAAAGUGUUGCCGAAUAAAUCCUUUUUUCUUUGUAA